AUGAAUUCCAGUGCAGAUGUGCGAGUUAACGGCUGGACAAUGUCCCCGGACGGCCGAGGAACCAUGGAUAUACUAUGGACUUGCAUUUUCACCACAUUUCUGUGUACUUUUACUAUUCUCUGCCUCAACUUACCUGCUAGGAACGAAAGCAUACUACGCAUCCAAGGUCGUAAGAUCUUGUGGAUGGCCAUUGCUAUUGCCGGACCCGAUUUCUUACUCACAGCGGCUGCCGGCCAACUCGCCGCUGCUCGAGACUCCGUGAAAGCGUUCCAUGCUCUCGGACACACCUCAUGGACAUACCGACAUGGCUUCUAUGCCAACAUGGGCGGAUUCGAGCUGCAGCCCCUUAACGGAGCACCGUUCCCUAUAAAUUCGAAGCAUAUACUCUGGCUGAUGUCACGCGGUUACAUCGAGUUUCCUGCUAUAUCAGACGAAGAACUCUUGGACAAGUCCAAGAAGGACACCGUCGCCAAGCUCAUCACCUGCUUUCAGGUUGGCUACCUGAUUGUGCAAUGCAUUGCACGUGGUAUUCAGAAGCUUCCAGUAACAACGAUAGAACUAUCGACCGUUGCUAUUGUCGUAUGCUCUAUCAUGACUAGCAUCUGCUGGAUGUCCAAACCCCAAGAUGUCCGUUAUCCUAUUCGAAUCAAUAUGUCUAUAACUAUGGAUCAAGCCCUCCGUGAAGCUGGCCCAGUUGCUGCACGGCCUUACCAACAGACACCGCUCGAUUUUGUAGACGACUUAACACCGAGUUGGGCUCUCAACAUACAACCAUUUAUCAAACUGCCUGUCGGUCCCCAUGAGCGUCCUCUACCUCGCAUUGGCGAUAGCAGGCUACCUUGGCUGGAGACUUUAGAGAGCCUCUACUUGUGCCUCGCCACUAUGGUCUAUGCAUCCGUACACCUGACCGGGUGGAACUUCAAGUUUCCAUCUCAAGUCGAGCAGAUCCUCUGGAGAGUAUCUAGCCUGAUCCUGGUAGGCACAACGGCUCUGUUCUGGGUCCUAGAGGCAGGCGCAAUUUUGCAGCGAUACGGUAGUGAACAAAAAAUUUGGACAAGAAUGUUUAAAAAGGAGGAUAAAAAAUCGGACGUAACAGUAACAGUAGUCGAGGAUGUAUUAGUCGAAACGCAAGCCGCAACAUCAGAAGGCGGGCUGUCUACAUUAGAGCCUCAGCAGCAGCAGCGCGAUAUAGAAAAAGAAGAAGAGCCCUGGGCUCCAAAACAGCUUCCUCUGGUCUGGGAGUUUUGGAGCAUCCUCCCGAUUGCUCUCAUCUACGCCACAGCGAGGGCUUAUAUCCUCGUCGAGCCAUUGCUUGGUUUAAGAUCAAUGCAGGCGGGUGCGUUUGAUACGGUUGACUGGAUGGCUUUUAUUCCGCAUGUGGGGUGA